CGAUUAAAUUAGUUUGGGGGGAAACACAGAGCCGGAGUGACACAUAAAGGCGGAUGCUGGAGAAGAGUUCACACGCGAAACUUCAGCAAGACAUUAUUUCAGCGUUUCAGUGUGGGAUCUUUCGACACAGAAAUCAAGAUGCGUGGCCUGUUCUCCACCAUCAUCGUGGUGCUAGUGGUUUUUAUGAUCAUGACCACAGAGGCUGGAAAAAACAAGAAAGAGAAGAAUAAAGGAGGUAAGGGUGCUUCGGACUGUGUGGAGUGGCGCUAUGGCAGUUGUGUGGCCAAUAACGGGGACUGUGGAGCAGGCACAAGAGAAGCCACCUGCAAUGAGCAGACCAAGAAAGUCAAAUGCCGAAUGCCCUGCAACUGGAAGAAAGACUUUGGACCCGACUGCAAGUAUAAGUUUGGUAACUGGGGCGAGUGUGACACAGCCACAAGCACAAAGAGCCGCUCUGGCACUCUGGUAAAGGCUCUCUACAACGCUGACUGCCAGCUAACCAUCUCUGUGUCCAAACCCUGCACCACCAAGGUCAAAAACAAACCCAAAGGAAAGAAAGGCAAGGGGAAAGGGAACUAAAAGCAGCAAGAGAUCCAGAGGGGCAGUAAACACCCCUUGAUCAUCCAUCAUCCAAACACGGCCUUUUAAAUCUCUACUCAGUGUUCUUCAGCAUGAGCAGGACUCGCUCUGUAGCCACAAACACAUAGCUUUAGAAGACUAUGACAGAGUAACAGCUGAGUAUUUGACACGUUACAUGACUGUUUCAUGUGUGAGAGGGAGGGGA